AUGGCCUCCCCUGCCAGAGACAGCUUGUUGGAGAAGGGAUACUUCCAGGACGUCGAGACUGAUUCAAAUCCGACUCAAUGGCAACACGCGAGAGCUUCGAAAUGGAAUAUGGACUUCUUCCGACCCUCAUUCCUGAAAAGGACAGCAUGCCAGCGUAAACAGACCCUCCGGCGUACAGCGUAUCUCGACGGUCUGAGGGGAUUUGCAGCCUUUCUGGUGUACUGGCAUCACCAUCACUUGUGGGCGCGCGACGCAACGCAUGGUGACAAAAUUCUAGACAAUGGUUGGGGUUACGACAAUCAGUAUUACUUUGUCACCUUCCCCGGGAUACGGACCUUUUUCAACGGUGGCCACUUCGCAGUCACGGUGUUUUUUGUCAUCUCAGGCUACGUUUUGUCGGCGAAACCGUUGAGCUUGAUACACGCUGGCGACUAUCUGAAGCUCGGAGACAACUUGGCUUCUGCCCUGUUCAGACGUUAUAUACGAUUGCAUCUGCCUAUCAUGAUCACAACAUUCUUGUACAUGACUUCGUGGCAUGCAUUUGGACUUUGGACCGAAGACACCAUACACCAACGGAAUUGGAGGGAUGAGCUUUGGUCCUGGUAUUGCGAGUUCAAGAACUUCAGUUUCGUAUUUAGGACAGGCGGCGAACUCAUUUUCAGUUACAACUUCCACUUAUGGUCCAUCCCAGUCGAGUUCAGAGGCUCACUUAUCAUCUACACUGCGCUCAUGGCAUUUUCGAGGUGCAGGAGAAAUAUGCGACUCUUGGGUGAGGUUAUACUCAUCAUCUACUUCCUGUAUAUCGCAGAUGGCUGGUUUGGCUCCCUGUUCAUGUCAGGCAUGCUCCUCUACGAUCUGGAUAUGCUCGCCGAAAACGAUGAUUUGCCCGGCUUCUUUGCACUGCUGGAGCCAUUCAAAACACCUAUAUACUAUGCGCUCUUUGUCGUCAGUAUGUACCUCGGCGGCGUCCCUUCUCCUUCCGCCGACGUCCAGGUUCUGCGGGACACCCCUGGAUGGUAUUACCUAUCCUUUUUGAAGCCACAAGCUGUCUUCGACUACAAGUGGUUUUAUUUGUUCUGGGCUGCAACUUUGCUCGUGGUUUCAAUCCCGCGUAUAUCAUGGCUCAAGAGCUUCUUCGAACAUCGGUUCAACCAGCACAUGGGCCGCAUUUCGUUCUCUUUCUACAUGAUACAUGGACCGGUGCUUUGGAUAGUGGGCAACAGGUUCUAUUCAGCGACGGGGUACGCAAGGGAAACUCAUGCGAUUGGCAUUCCUGAAUGGAUCAAUGCAUUUCCGUUGUCUAAAAGGGGGCCGUUCGGUUUUGACCUGGCGUUCUGGGUUCCGCAUUUAAUCCUCUUGCCACUUACACUUUGGCUUGCAGAGUUGGUCACGAAGACGAUUGAUGAACCGAGUGUUAGAUUCUCGACAUGGCUAUACAAACAGGCGCUUCCAAAACCUGGGAAAUAA